UAUGGCGGGAACCAGCCUCGGAGCCCGCUUCUACCGGCAGAUCAAGAGACAUCCCGGGCUCAUCCCGAUGAUCGGCUUCAUCGGCCUGGGCAUGGGCAGCGCUGCGCUCUACUUGCUGCGACUCGCCUUGCGCAGCCCCGACGUCUGCUGGGACAGAAAGAACAACCCGGAGCCCUGGAACCGCCUCAGCCCCAAUGACCAAUACAAGUUCCUUGCAGUUUCCACUGACUACAAGAAACUGAAGAAAGACAGGCCAGACUUCUAAGCCUGGCUGCAGUGCCAGCCUACUCAUUUCUUCCACUCUCCACCCUCAACCCCAAGGCGCCACGCUAGCCACCCUGUCCAGUUUCUGCUUACACAGCCGGGUUCCCACGAGGAGGGGAGGCAGCCCCACCCCCCUUCCCUUGCUCCCAGCAGCGGAAGCGCCUCUGACCCUCAGCUUCAGUCCCACGAGGGGGAGGAGCAGUUAAAGGGCAGGGAGUAGCCUAACCCAAAACGCUCAUGCCAGACCCUCUGCCCCAUUACUCUGGCUUUGGAGGGCGGGGUCCAUGCUACAUGUUGAGCGUGGCCUACGUGAGAGACAAGACCAAGCAGGGGCCUGAGUGCCAAAUGACGUGGCAGGCCCCACGUUACCCCAGGCUACAGGAUCCCUGGCGCCAGCCUGGGGGCGGUGCUACUCUGGCUCGCUGCUGGGCUCGACCAGGCUCGUCGCUGACAGUCCAGCCAGCUGGAGGCACCUACACUCAGGAAGGUGCGGCUUGCUUCUCCCUUGUCUGCGCUGCUUCCCCCACUUCCCUCCCGCUUUUGGUACCACUGGACAAUCCCCCCCCCCCCACCCUCGCCUCACACCUGGGCCUC